AUGUAUACAUUAGAGGAAAUUCAUAAAACUGGUUUCAAAAUCCUUCCCAUUGAAAUUGAAUCAAAUUCUGAUCAAAUCAAUUUAUCCGCAAAUUCUUUAUCAAUUAAACGUAAUCCACUUGUUUCAAUUCAUUAUUGCUAUUUUAAAGGUCACGACUCACGAAUAAAUAUUCGCGAUAAUUCGACAAUUCUCCCAGCAGAAAGAACACUCUUCAUUACAAAUUUACCAGUAGACACAACGGAACAUCAUAUUAAGCAUAUAUUUGAAGAAUGUGGCAUAAUUGACCGAAUUUUAUUUCAUGGAAUAUUAAUGGAUAAUGAAUUUUCAGCGAGUGUGAUCAAUGCUGACAACGAUGAUAAAUCAAUUCCAAGAGAGAAUAAAACGCAAGGAAAAAAAUCUAAGAAAAAGCAAAGACAUAAAUUUAAUGAAACAGUUGAAAGUUCAGUCUUAGAAGGAUCGAGGAAUAUACUGAUGCCUGGCUCAACAGCGCAUAUAGUAUUUAAAGAUUCCGAAGGAUUAACCAAUGCUCUUAAUAUGAAACAAAAAAAAAGGAUAUGGAACGUUGAAAGACAGGAUAUUCCCCCGUUGGGUCUGAAGAGAUGGUUACAAGAAUAUCAAAAACUUCGCAUGGAUCCCAACAAACUUAGUGCACAAGUUGAUGAGUACAUACGUAAAUUUGAAGAAGCAGAGAAAGAAAAGCAUAAAGCUCUAGAAGCAAGACGUAAUCAACCCGAUGAAGAUGGAUUUAUCUUGGUCACAGGAACCGGGAAAAGAAAUAUUAAUACUGAUGGUACUAUUACAGUGACAGCAGCUAAAGCAGAUGUAAUGAAAAAUUUAAAACCGAAAAACAAGGAAUUGACAGAUUUUUAUCGCUUCCAAAUGCGCGAAGCUAAACGUGAAAAACUCGUUGAAUUGCGUAAGAAAUUUGAAGAUGACAAACGGAAAAUUGCUGAUCUUAAGGCAGCUAGGCGAUUCAAACCUUACUGA